AUGGCCAGCAACCGCCGGAAACUGGAAGAGAUACACGGGCUAGGUGGUCUCCUGGUUCUCCCAAGCAGCCGUCAAGCAGACACCUGCAUCUCGGAACCACGAGACCAGGAACUGCUGCUCACUGGGGGGGUUAGAGACCCACAUCCCNGGAGCCGCUGGUCUCCUCCCAGCGACCGGUUGGAGCUGGUCGCUACAGGAGUUUAUGCCAACAAGCCCUCGCUCUCAGCCCAGCCCAGCCCGGCUGUGUCCCCAGGAGCAGAAGUCACUCUCCAGUGUCGGAGCCAAUACAGUUUCGACCAAUUUGCUCUGUACAAGGAGGGGGCCGCUGCGCCCCAGAAGGGAUCCGAGAAGCAGUACUGGGCUGAUUUUCCCAUCACCGCAGUGACUGUUGCCCACAGUGGGACCUACCGGUGUUACAGCUUUUCCAGCAAGUUGCCGUACCUGUGGUCGGCCCCCAGCGACCCCCUGGAGCUUGUGGUCACAGGGACCUCUGGGACCCCCCGCUGGUUAUCCGCAGAACCCUCUUCCUCUGUGACAGAAUUCCCAGAAGCGUCCAGGAAACGGAGCAUCUCACUUAUCAACAAGAGCUCUGCAAUUGAGCCUUCUAGGACUAUCACUGUCUCUCCAAAGGGGCCAGAGUCUCCAACUGAGCCUUCUAGGACUAUCACCGUCUCUCCAAACAGGCCAGAGUCUCCAACUGGUCUUGCCCAGCAGACCUACACCAAGGGCAAUCUGGUCCGGAUAUGCAUUGGGGUUGUGAUUCUAAUACUCCUGGUGGGGCUUCUGGCAGAAGAUUGGCACAGUAGAAAGAAACCCCUGCCACACCGGGUCAGACCUAUCCGCAGGCCACUCCCACCCCUCCCGCAGACCCAGAAACCACACAAUCGGCAGGAUGGGGGUCGACCAGCUGGCCGUAACCAGGGGCGUCACCAAUAGAACUCCAAGGCUUGGCUGUAUCUAUGAGAGUGGGGUGUAGAACCAUGUGUGGCGAGCAUGGAAUGUAGAAGCAGGAGGAUAGGGGUUAUGACUAUGGAGGAGGAGGAACUCGGGGCCUCUCCUUGGUGUCCCAUCAAGGAGCUGUUGAGCCAGUGUCUGUUUGGCUUUUCAUCCAAGGACUUCCUUCAUUUGGGUUGGAGGUAUCUAGUGGAUGCCAGUACCUUCUCACUCAUAUCCUGCACAUUGUGGAUCUUACGGCACCCUAACUGGACCAUCACACUGACCUCUUCGACCUCUCCUAAUACGUGUUCCAGAUUGACCUCUGUAUCCCCAGGCCUCACAGCUGACCCUGUUCUAUCCUCUGCACAAAACUCUCCCACGUUUCCCUGUUGGCCCCUAUGUUUUCUCUGGGCAUCCAUAGCUUAGCUGGUUAAUUCAGACUAGCACUCAUUUCCUGAGCCUAUCAGAGAGAGUCCAGCCUCUCUCCUAACCAGAAACAUUUGGUUACACGUGUGAGUACUCAGGGCUUGGCCCACUACACCUCCCCACCUUGAGGAUGCCCUUCUCCUACUCCUUGAUCCCAGAUGCCAUGUCCUCAGACAUGGGCUUUGGUUUCAUCUAUUUAUGGCCACACCCCCCUCCUAUCUCGCUCCAUAGUUAAUAACCACACUUACAGAAUCUCUAAGUCACAGGUGAAAUGGGCAGAGUAUCUGUCCUUAAACUGAUGCAGGCAGGCUACUCAAUUUCUUUUCCCCUAAAGGGGGCAACCUCGGGGCAUUUUGCAUGCAACGGAUAUUUGUCAGUGCCUGGAGAUAUUGUGGGAGGGAGGUGCUGGUAUUUGGUGGGUAGAGGGCAGAGAUGCUAACACUCUAUGAAUGCACAGGACAGUCUCUCUCUCUCAUCAAGAGUAUAUUCUCUUGAGCUAUACUUGAGACAACAAAGAAUUAUCUGGCCCCAAGCGUCAAUAGCACAGAGAUUGAGAAACCCUUGGCUACAAGACACUGAGAUUCCUUCCUAGCUUUUAAAAAAUGGUGUGCCUCUAUUUCUCCUUUUAACAACCCCACCCACUCUCACUGAAGGCAGCCACCACCCCUCAGAGCCUGAGAAUGAAGACGCUCUAGGAAAGACCUGUAUCCAGCCGAACAAGAGGGCUUGAGAAAGAAACAGAAGGAAACCUGUAGGAAAAUCCAGGAGCCCACACCGUAGGCAGGGACAUCACUGAGCUGUGAAAACACAAGCACAUUAAACGGGGGUUUGAAGGGGAUGUCUGGGAAUGUGACAUAUUUGGUGAGAAUGACAAACCAAUGGACCCCAGUAAAGAAGCAGGGGAAAGUAGGAUGAUUGGAAGAAAAAUGUAAAAAUUAGUGCUUAAUAAAAAAAAAACGUGAUUCUUACA